AUGGAAAAACAAAAGUCGACUCUGCAACCUAUCAAGCCCAUGCCGCUCCGUCAGCUCAAGCCGUCGACGGAACCCGCCCCCAGCACUGAAGACCCAAACAAAGAGCGUUCCCGAGAAGCCGCCAUGAGCCAGCAUAUGCCUACGUACGAUCAUGACGAAUUCUAUGAUGAGGACGUGAUGGAGGUCGGAUAUAGUGGAUCUCACACUCAGAGCUGGACCUGGUCAUCGCCCCGCGCGCUUCAGGAAGACAUGUACACGGUUGCCAAGGUCUCCGUAGAGCGUCACUUUCGUGGUUACGAUCGCGACAUGGCUGAUGCGCUGAAGAGCCUGGAGAAAUGGUGCGAGCACGCUGCUAACAUGAAGAUGGUGGCAAUCAAACUUGAGCAGCGGAGGAUUGCGGAGAAAGAAGUCUUCAGGCGGUUGCGGAACGAGGGCAACGUGACUUGGAAGGCGUUUGGCGGUCGGAAACUGACCGUCGGCUUAGGCGCAGUGCUCUGCUUCCACACCCUCUGGUGUGCCGACUACAAGACGGAUUGGCGUAGACUUGCGCCUUGGCCAAGCAUUGCCGAGCAGAAGUGGGAGGGUGAGGAUCGCGCCCGCACCAAGGUCGGCAGGUACUUCCCUCUACCCCGCGAGCCUAGCAACGGAAGCGUUCCUUGGAACUAUCUUCCCAUGAUCACUUCGUCGCCCUUCGACCAGAUCUGGCAGGUUCCGUCCGAGUUGGACAUCCUCUAUCCGAUGGGACAGAUCAAUGCGGAGGUCGAGCAUGAUAAGCACAUGCUCUUAAAUCAGGGCAUUCUGGACGCCAUCGACCUCGGGUCGUUCGACGUGUGGGCUAACGACGACCUUCCCAAGGAUCUUUUAGGCACUGCGUAA